CAUCCGUGUAGGAAUGUUGUGUUGUUGUUUAACGUUGCGGGUUAGAUUUUGCUGGAUGAACAGCACCGUUACCGCUCGUUAAUACUUACGAUUGGCAUUACAGAACAUUUUUGUUCCGUGGAGACUAAGCGGGCUCGUUCGGCAGCGUUUUAACAUUGUUCCAUCAUCAGUGUCGGCGAAGGCUAACAACGCUAGCAAGCUAACAAAGCAGGCUAUUUACGAUGAAGCCCCAUUAGCUAACACACCCACCUCCUUUAGGCAGAAGAUAAAUACAUUCACUGCUGCUCGGCUCGAUAUAUUCAGUUUGAACUGGUUUAGCUGUCUGAAAACUGCAACAUGGGGUAGCUAAAGCCCGUGUGGACGUCUCACUCGUUCGUUGACAGCUCGUUUGGGGCUCUGACAGAUCGAGCAGGUCAGGUUGGUUUUUAAUGGUUGAUCACUCGUGGUGUGACGCUCACAUUCCACGGAGCUGAGAAGUUCGGUCAGUACCUGGUGGAUUUAAUGUUCUGACAGCCAGCUGCCGGAUACAAGGGUCAUGAGAUGAUGGUGCUGCGGAGGUUACUGAGGAAGCGCUGGGUGCUGGGGGUCGUCUUUGGACUCUCCCUCAUUUACUUCCUGACUAGCACUCUGAAGCAGGAGGAGAGGUCCAUACGGGACCGCACGCUCUUAGAGGUUAAAGAUUCAGAGCAGCGCAUCGCCUGGAAGGUCCGUUUCAACCUCGGGAACAGCAGCCGGCAGAUUACUCAGUGCAGAAACUCCAUCCAGGGCAAGACUCUGAUCACUGACGAACUAGGUUAUGUCUGCGAGAGGAAAGACUUGCUGGUUAACAGCUGCUGCAAUGUGAACGCUCCCAGCACCAGACAGUACAUCUGUAAAAGCUGCCUGGCCAACGGCUGCUGCAGCAUCUACGAGUACUGCGUGUCUUGCUGCCUCCAGCCAGAUAAGCAACCUCUUCUUGAGCGCUUCCUGAAUCGUGCAGCCAAAGGCUUCCAGAACCUUUUCACUGCCGUCGAGGACCAUUUUGAGCUGUGCCUCGCCAAAUGCAGGACCUCCUCACAGAGCGUCCAGCAUGAAAACACCUACAGAAACCCGCAAGCAAAGUAUUGCUACGGCGAGAGUCCUCCGGAGCUCCUACCUAUAUGAACUGCACUUAUUUCUGUGGUUUUAAGAAGAACAAACGAAUCAUGGGUCAGUAAACUAAAACAAACCAAGUCCCCGUUUGGAUAUGGAAUGGGACUUGGCGAAGGAGAGACUGUUCUGAAUCAUUUUUCAUUAACAAAUGAAGACAUCCAAGACCUCCGACCUCAAAACAAAACAACAAAUGCUGUUUGUAAGUUUAUUAUUUACACUUCAUAAGUGCAUAGAAGACGUCAUACGUUCAUCCAUGAUGAUCAUCGGGUC